AUGCGGCACAAUACUUAUCAUUCAAUCCCUCAAACCCGUCGGAAUGCUCCCUAUAAGCGUAGAGCCGUUCCUCAACUCCCUACUCCCAGCCGAUCAAACCCAAGUGCCAUCAUUGAUCAAAGAUUAGUCGAAGGUGCACAGGAACCUUUGUUCAAUCGACUACCCAGAGAGGACUCUAGGAGCUAUCGACCUGAGCUGCAGUUGUUUUCUCGGGAUGAUGAUCUAGAGCUGGAUGCCUUUGACCUUGAACUCCUGGCCCAAUCAGAUGAGCAAGGACAGAGUCCUCAGACAGCCGGUUCAUUCGCAGACCGUGGCUCGUUGUCCAGGCCUCCCCAAAGAACAGACUAUAACCGGGUUUCUCGUUUCUUUCAAGCGGGUCCUCAUGCCACUCCACGUCAAAGUUUCGGCUCUAGUUCUUCGGAUACGGGUGUGAGAUCGCCAUCUAGUCCAUUGAUAAGGAUGCAAGCUGGUAGGGUGAAUAAACAUGCUCCUGAAUAUGACUUCGAGAACAAUGUUGGAUGUCAUACUUCCUCCAACCGUGAAAUACUGGCUUCUCACUCUGCUGAGAUAUCGUCAGUUACCCGCCAAGACCGGCAAAGAGGCCCCUUCCAACAACAUCUUCCAAUUUCAAUUCGAGGGAUCGUCCUCGUAUCUGUGCAUGAACUCCCAGAUAAAUACCGGUCGAUCUUUCCAUUUCCUGUAUUCAAUGCCGUACAGUCAAAAUGUUUCCAAUCGGUCUACAAGACCGAUAGCAACAUUAUCCUUGCCGCACCCACGGGCAGUGGGAAAACAGCUAUAAUGGAACUGGCAAUAUGUCGAUUACUCAAUCGUCUCAAAGAUGAACAGUUCAAAGUGAUAUAUCAGGCACCUACCAAGUCUCUUUGUUCCGAGAAGUUCAGAGACUGGAGUAGAAAGUUCAAUACAUUAGGGCUGCAAUGUGCAGAGUUGACCGGGGAUACAGACCACACUCAACUGAGGAGUGUUCAGAACAGCCAAGUGAUCAUCGCGACACCCGAGAAGUGGGACAGCAUGACGCGGAAGUGGAAGGACCAUGCACGCUUAAUGCAGCUCGUCAAGCUAUUCCUCAUUGAUGAGGUCCAUAUCCUCAAGGAAGCGCGUGGUGCAACCCUAGAAGCUGUCGUAUCCCGCAUGAAAGCAAACGGGUCGAACGUUCGCUUUAUCGCUCUGAGUGCUACGGUUCCAAAUUCAGAGGAUAUUGCAACUUGGCUAGGUAGGGAUCCAGUAAAUCAGCAUGUGCCUGCCCACAGAGAGCACUUCGGUGAGGACUUUCGUCCUGUGAAGUUGCAGAAGUUCGUGUACGGCUACCAGUCUCACGCCAACGAUUUCGCAUUCGACAAGAUGUGUACCUCUAAACUUGCAGAUAUUAUAUCAUCUCAUUCCCGAAAGAAGCCAAUAAUGAUAUUUUGCUGCACGAGGAAUUCCGCUGUUGCUACCGCGAAGGAGCUUACACGCUUGUGGACCAUGUCCAACUCUCCUGCUAGGUUAUGGAAGGGACCAGGAAGGUCUAUGGAAGUGCAGAACGUUGACUUAAGAGCCACGAUUGCUGCUGGAGUAGCUUUCCAUCACGCUGGCCUUGAUCCAAAUGAUCGCCGCUCGGUCGAGACAGGGUUCCUAAAUGGACAGGUUAGCAUAAUUUGUUGCACAUCAACUCUUGCAGUUGGUGUUAAUCUGCCCUGCCAUCUUGUCAUCAUAAAAGGAACAGUCGGGUGGCAAGAGGGAGGCUGCAAAGAAUAUUCCGACCUAGAAAUCAUGCAAAUGCUAGGGCGCGCCGGUCGACCACAGUUCGAUGACAGUGCUACAGCUGUAAUAAUGACAAGACAAGCACGCGAAGCACACUAUGAGAGGCUCGUGUCUGGCUCUGAGAGCCUUGAAAGCUGCCUACAUUUAAAUCUUACUGACCAUCUAAAUGCAGAGAUCGGACUUGGCAACAUCACAGACAUCGAAUCUGCUAUCAGAUGGCUCUCUGGCACUUUCUUUUUCGUGAGGAUGAGAAGGAACCCGACAUAUUAUCGACUGAAGGAAGACGCUGAUAAAGAAGACGAAGAGGACAUGCUCCGACAGAUAUGUCAGAGAGAUAUAAAGCUUCUUCAGGAUUGUGGGCUAGUCUCCGCUGACAGUCUCAAAUCCACCAAGUUUGGUGAUGCCAUGGCGCGAUACUAUGUGCGCUUCGAGACGAUGAAAACCUUGCUUACUUUGAAGCCUCAUUCAACCGUAUCCCAGAUUCUGUCGGUGAUUUCGAGAGCAGACGAGUUCCGUGAGAUACGAUUCAAGGCGGGCGAGAAGUCCCUAUAUAAAGAGAUCAAUCGCUCCAAUGCAAUUCGGUUCCCAGUGAACGUGGAUAUAGCACUUUCCGCACACAAGAUCUCACUGUUGAUCCAGUCCGAGUUAGGCGCUGUUGAUUUGCCAGAUGGCGAGCCAUUCCAGAAGCACAGGUUCACUUUUCAACAGGACAAGACAUUCGUCUUUUCUCACAUCAACAGGCUCAUUCGCUGUAUAGUUGACUGUCAAGUAGGCCUCGAAGACUCCAUCGCUCUACGAAACGCACUAGAGCUUGCAAGAAGCUUCGGAGCCAGAGUUUGGGAUGACUCUCCACUUCAGAUGAAGCAGAUUGAACAAAUUGGUGUGGUUGCCGUUCGGAAACUAGCGUCAUCAGGAAUUACUAGCCUUGAAGCACUGGAGCUUUGUGAGCCCCAUCAGAUUGAUAUGAUCUUGAGCAGAAAUCCUCCGUUCGGGAGGAAGUUGCUGGAGCGGCUUGUUGAUUUUCCCAAGCUUCGAGUGUCCGUCAAGAUGAUUGGCAAGGAAACUAAGACUGGUACAGGUGUACAGGUCAAUAUAAGAAGCGAGGUCGCCUUCAUGAACGAGAAAUGUCCGACAUACUUCCAACGUCGUCCCGUUGCCGGUAAGAUGCCCAAUGGUCAGGAAAUACUCUUCAGUGCGGAGCUGAAAAGCGCCGGCCAAUCUGUGACGUGCCAUGCAAUGUGUGACGAUAUAGCUGGGACUAUGCGAUCCGCACAGUUGAAACCUGAUCUCCCUGGAAGCUUGUUUCCGUCUCAGCUAGAUCCCCUUUCCGAUGUAGUGUCGGAAAGGCCCAAACCUAACAUCUCUCGCCGACGCAGUAACGACACAUCCCAGACCAAAUCCGUCGCCCGAAAUAUCAACAUUUGGGACAGUGACGAUCUUUUGUUCGGUGAUUUCCUAGAAAAUGACCAAGCCGAAAAUUGGUCGGGUGUCAAUAAGCUGCCACAAUCGCCAGCAGACAAAGCACAGGCUCCAAGUGAUACGACUAAGGGCUCGAAUCAAAGCAACAAUCAGAUAGUUGAAACAGUAGAGGCUGUCAGACUUGAGAACGGUCGAUGGGCCUGCAACCAUAGGUGCAAAGAUAAGACAACGUAUCACAAUCGUCCCAUAUGUAAGCAUCUCUGCUGUCGAGAUGGACUCGAGAAGCCACCCAAAGCAAACAGGAAGCGACCAGGCGACGAAGAUAAGGACAGGGGUAAGAAGACAAUGGGGCUUAAUCAGACAACCCUUCCAACAACAAUAGCCAAAAAGGGCACUACCACCCAAGCGAAUAACCCUUCUGACUCCCGAGCACAGAGACACUCAAUGGAAACCCCAGUCUCUACACACAAGUCCUCCUCAGCAAACACGAGUACCAACAAAAACAAUAAGCCAGGAAAUGACUCCGGCUGUCCAGUUCCAAAGAACACACUAGAAUCCUCAAGCGAUUACGGAAACGACAGCUUCAGUGAUUUCCCUUCACCGUCCGCCCUGCUGCUCGGAAAGCCCAUAGUAGCAACAUUAUCGAAAGAACAGGAUCCUGAAGUCCCCACUUUCGAAGACAACACAAAGAGAGACUUUAUUACAGAAGACUGGAGUGACGAUGAUGGAUGGCCCGACUUCCAGUUACCACCAGAGACAGAUAUUGUUCCUGCACCUGAAGACGGUCAAGAAAGGAAUAUUCAACCAGCACAAGGCCCUGAUAAGAUUGAUAUAAUCAAUUUAACCCCCACAGAGGUCAAAGAGAUGAUACUGAACGAUCAGGAUGUCAGACCUGACUAUCAUGGAUCUACUCCUGCUGGUUCCCAUGGGAAGAAACGGAAGGCUCUCUUGACUACGACCGUUGAGGCCAAUAGAAAGAGAUGCAAGGCGGACAAAGACAUCGUAGCUACUCAUCCAAGCUCUUUCCAGCCCGGUGGUACUACGGAUGUAGCAGCUGAGGUUCCCGCAGGCUGGGAGGAUAUUGACCCUGCUCUACUGCAUGAGUACAAGGAUAUUAUCAAUUUGUUCUAA